AUGCGUUGCGCGCAUAUCUUGCUGCUGCUCGCCGCGCUGCCCUCGUCGGUAUCUGCGGCGUCUCGGUUCAAUCCGUCCACUGCUACCUGCUCCGCCCCCGUGCGCACUCAACUGGAGCCGGCGCCGCUGUCCGCCGAGGAGCAGAAUCUACUGCAACAACUGCUGCCCCAGCCGACGAGCAAGCGGCCAGUGGUGCGUGGGGAGCUGCGCGCUCCGCUCCACAUUCCGUGCCAGCUCCGAGCAUUCCCGCACCUGCCGGCGUUCGUGAGCGAGAUUGAGCACCACGAAGUGCCGAACUUCGAGGCACGUACUGAAGUGAAGGAGUUUGCUCAGCCGCCCCACGUGAUCUUCUUCGACGAGAGGCAGGAGGUUGUGCGCACCAUUGUGGUGGCGCCGUCGUGGACAGGGUUCGAGCUUCGAGAUCUCAUUCUGGACAAUCUGAAGAACUAGAAUGUACUUUGUGACCCAACCAACCAUGCAGUACGUUAAUUAAUGAGGUCGCGCUCCGUGGCAGCACUGAAUGUUCGAGUGAUGCUUGGUCAGAACUAUC